AUGGUAAGCAUUCCUUCGAACUGUGAAAGGAUGUUUAGUUAAUAUUUAAAUUAAAUGUGCUGAUUUAUAACUCACACCAAAAAUGUACCUCUACUAUUAAUGCUAUUCAUGAGAUCGUAACGUUUCAUGUCAGUUUUCAAAGUAGAAGUCAAUGAUAUCGCACUGGCAUUAUUGACUAGAAUAUCAAUUCCACCAAAUUUAGCGACAGCUUGUUGCACGGCAGUUCGUACUUGCGCUUCAUCACGAACAUCAACAACACAGGCCAAUGCUUUACCGCCCGCUUUUUCAACUAUUAGAAUAUAUGUAUUUAUUUUAUACAUGCGAAAUAUUUGCGAAACAUACUUGUAUGUAUGUAAAUAUAAAACAUUGUGUGGCGAUUUCUUUACUCACUUUCUUCUGCGGCUGUGUAAAUAGUACCUGGCAAAUUGGGAUGUGGAUCAGCUGUUUUGGCUGCUACUACAACAUUAGCACCGUCUCGCGCAGCUUUUAGCGCGAUUGCCUUACCAAUUCCACGAGACGCUCCCGUAAUAAAUAAUGUUCUACCACGUAAAGUGCUAAAUUUAUAAAAUUUAUGAGUAUUUAAAGUGCCAAGUGUUGCAAUUUCUUUACCCAACGUUCUGCAUUAUAAUUUAUGUAUAUAAAUAAUUUCAUCUACUCGCAAGCCUUCAAUGAAUACAACUGAACUAUAUGGCUAACAAAAUAUUAACGCAACAAAAGUAGCUGUGAACAGGUUGUUGUAAAGAGGGCAAAGUGUACGGCUGAAGAUAACGAAGAGAGCUUUUAUAAAAAAGUUAAUAUGUAUAUUCUUCUAUGAGUACAUAUCAUAUUUACGAAAACAUAUAUGUACAUAUGUAUAUGCAAAGAAUAAGUGUCAAUAGUAAAUGUAGUGUUAUUUUAAAUAUAUAUGUAAAAGUCGUACACGGAAAACAUCAUGUUAGAGAAUGAAAUGUUGGCGCUGCAAAAUCAAUUAACCAUCGCACGCAAUGAAAUCAACAAAUUGAGACAACAAGUGCGCAAUUUGCAACACGUUCAAAGAAAGGAUAUUGAUAGUGUGGCCCGUUUGCUUCGAGAAUUUCGUUGCGAGGGUUGUCGUCGCCAAACUGCAGAGGAAAACACCCGCAAUAGCAAUGUAUCACCCAAGCAAAAUCAGCAGUUAGAUGACUUAAACGCAGAGGCGUUCAGUGGUGUGCAUUGGCAGCAAAUCGGCGUGAUACGUACGGCAUUUCCAGAAAAACGUGGUGUACCUCGACAGUCGAGUGUAGGUGGUCGGUUGCGUGGCAUUGUUGAGUUGAACUCCGAUACUUUUACAAAUCCAGAACAUGCAUUGGACGGCCUAGAAGAAUACUCACAUAUGUGGCUAAUUUACCAUUUUCAUAGAAACAAUGCACAUCCGAAGGCCAAGGUCGCACCGCCGCGUUUAGGUGGUGAGCGUGUGGGUGUAUUUUCCACACGUUCACCGCAUCGUCCCUGCCCAAUCGGUUUGUCCUUGGUGGAAAUUGAAAAAGUGGAAGGAGCAACGAUUACAUUCUUCGGAACCGAUAUGGUUGAUGGUACACCACUGCUUGAUAUUAAACCAUUUAUACCGUUUUAUGAUUCGCCAGCUUUGCCAAUGGACUCUGGUCGCAUUUCUGUUGGUCCGCUGGAAACACUUGAUUUUUAUGAUUCGCGCCAAGAGCCGGAUGGUGAAGAAUCAGAGCUUGAAUUGCUUGCAGCUGGUGCUACAGGAGGAAGUAAUAGUAGUAGUGAUGAUACUGUUGGGGGUAGCGGUGGUAGUGGUGUAGGGAAUUAUCAUAGUUCAACACCUCCCAAUAUAGUUAACCACAUUUCACCGCCGUUGAGUGCUGUAAAAGUACCCAAUUGGGUUGCUGGAAGUCAUCGGUUAAAGGUUUGCUUUAAUGAGCGCGCCGAAACCCAAUUACAAGAGUUACAAGUCAAUCGACAAUGCAUAAUAGACAUUUUAGAAACCGAUCCGCGUUCUGUGUAUUUGCGUACAAAAUAUGGUUCACAAAUAUUCACAUUUCAAUUAAGCGAAGUAACUGUCACAUGUAAAUUCGAUGACAAAGCCGCAAUGGUAACAGUGGUGCAAAUCCGUAGAACGGAAAAUGUGCAGGACGAAGAAGUGGCAGAGUGAAAACGAAUUCCUUCGCGUAAAUACAUAUUUAUAUAAUUAUGUAAAAAUGUUGGAGGAUUUUAAUUCAAACGAUCUAUACAUAUGGUUGACACAGAUAGUGGAGCUCAAGUUAAAUUAAAACGAAAAUAUUAAAGUAGUAUAUGCAUAUAUCACAUGGUCACACACAAUCUUCAUCGCUCCUGCAUAUUUAGCCAAACUGCAGUUGCUACAGUGCGUAUUUAAGUUAAUCAAUCGUCAAUCGUUGCCAACUGCAGCUAUGUUAAUAAAAUUCUGUUUUACAACGGUUGGCAUAAAUAUUCCAUUUCAACUGCUGUGCUUGUUUGUAUUUUAAA